UUCACUUGCCUUCCACUAUCGAUAUCUCGUGUACCUGUUUAUCUACUCAAUUUUCUCUUCUUACACAUACCUACCAGGUGUGUUUUACUACAAGCAUCCACAGUACUUCAUUUGUCAUUAAUACUUAUUUUCCUUUCCCUCCCUCGCUUGUAGCUGGGACAACAGCAGGUGAUACAACCGAUGGAUCUGGAGUUCCAGCGGGGGGAGGUGGAAGCAAUGAUGGUCCACGUUUCCUACCCCUCGUAUCCUUGCCAAUGGGUUACGUAAAUCAGUCUGCCAUCAAUGCAGCUGCUGCUGCCGCCGCCGCUAGCAAGCCGUCGACAAAUGGUGCCACGUUUGGAGGCCUGUCGACCAACAAGUCUCAACAACAGCAGCAGCAGCAAACCCGAUCUGCCAGACAACAGAAGUCCACGACUGCUGCCGACCAACAAUACCACGUCGACCCCAACUAUACGGAUGCCAACUACGACUACAUUGUUCGAUCUGGAGAGGUCUGGAUGAAUAGAUACUACAUGGACAGUCUCAUUGGAAAGGGAUCCUUUGGACAAGUUAUGAAAGCCCGGGACUUUGUUGCCAAUGCGGAUGUUGCCAUUAAGAUCAUCAAGAAUAAGCGUGCUUUCACAAACCAGGCUCGUGAGGAGAUCCGUCUCCUGACUAAGAUGAACCAUCUACAAGAAUUCAAUGCCGCCGAUGGCUCGAAUUCCAACCAGGGUGCCAAUUACGUCGUCAUGUGUGCCCUAUGUCCUCAUAUCCCCAUUGUUGCUGUUGCCCGUAGUUUCUUGCCUAUUUCAGUCUCAUAUAACGCCGCAUCGACAUAUUCGUUUAGCUUGAUUUUCUCCCUUCCUUGUGUAGUGCGAUUAUUGACCCACUUUAUGUUUCGUGGUCAUCUGUGUCUUGUCUUCGAGUUGCUCUCACACAACCUAUACGACCUUCUUCGGAACACCAAUUUUCGAGGCGUUUCACUUAAUCUCACCCGCAAAUUCACCCAGCAGCUCUGCUCCGCUCUGGAAUUCCUCUCUCGACCCGACCUGCAAAUCAUUCACUGUGAUCUCAAGCCUGAGAACAUUCUUCUCAUCAAUCCCAAACGAUCAGCCAUCAAGUUGGUUGACUUUGGCAGCUCCUGUCAUGUCAACGAAAAGGUCUAUCAGUACAUCCAGUCGCGGUUCUAUCGAUCGCCUGACGUACUCCUUGGUCUUGAUUACACCAUGGCAAUUGAUAUGUGGUCGCUGGGAUGUAUACUUGUGGAGCUGCAUACUGGUGAGCCGCUUUUUGCUGGACAACAUGAGUUGGACCAAAUGCUGAAGAUAAUCGAGGUCUUAGGAAUGCUGCCUUCUUACCUCAUUGAGAAGAGCAGGCGCUGGCCACUUUUCUUUGAACGCGAGCCCGGUGGCAAUUUUGUGCCGAAUUAUAAGUCCUCCAUGAAGGAUAACAUUCCCAUAAGCUACAAGGCGCCAGGAACGCGAAAAUUGAAUGAUAUCCUGGGAGUUAACAGCGGGGGUCCAAUGGGAAGGCGCCUUCAGGAGCCUGGCCAUUCCCCCCACGACUAUGCCAUUUUCAUGGAUCUGGUGCUGCAGAUGUUGACUUACGAUCCUGAAAAGCGCAUUCGUCCCUCAGAGGCCCUAGCACAUCGGUUUUUCUGUCGCACCACCACCGCUGUUCCCACACACCCCCAGACGGUCCUUCGACAAUCCUCCACCCAACAUCCAGUUCCUCCACAGACCCUCUUGGCAAAUCCAGAUGGUCAGUCUCCUUUUAGUUCUAUAAAUUAG